CCAUAAGGCCCGUCCUUAGAUAUAAGUCAAUGUACAAUGGCGGUUUAAAUUAGUUUUAGCGAAUGCCCGAUGUUUCGAAGUAGUACCAAAAUUUCAAUAAGAUAUUCAUUGUAUACCUACUUUAUUAUAUUUAUUACGUGUUAAACUCGCCUCUUUGCUCCUGAUAAUUUUAUCAGCACUCAAACUUGAAAAGAAGAGAAAGGUCAAGUAUUACUGUCAUUGUCAAUAGUCAAUUAGUCUGUCAUGGUUUAUCAAUAAUAAGGUCUACAAUUAUCGUUUAAAAUUACUGCGUUUAAAUAUUACAAUCUUGAGUGAACAAUCACAAUGUAAAUUUAUUUUGAUCACUUUCGAGAACGCGCGAAAUUAAAUUUCAAGUGAAAAGUGGAAAUUUAUUCAGGAAAGACGCGCGUUCUCGAUAUCUGUUCUACCUUUUACAAAUUUACUUUAGUAAAUUCCAACCACAAUAGUAUUGAGAAGGCUAAGACUUAGCCGGAGUCUUAAAUAUUCGAGAUUUUGAGGCUCAAGAAAAAGCUUUUGUGACGGAACAUGCAAUGGCCAGCUGUGGGCUGCCCGGCUGCCGCUCGACUGUGAGCGACAAGAGCCAAGGCGAUAGUAGAUUCAAAGGGCCCUGCGGUCUCCCAGACUGCCGAAACGAAACAGCAGCGAGGGCUCAGUCGAGCUCCACCCGCGCAGGAGGUUCAGGGAUGAGAGAGCAGUCCUGUGGCCUGCCAGGAUGCACUGACGAGAAAGCUGCUAAGGAAGGCAAGGAGGUCUGCUUGUACAGAGCGCGCGAUACUUCGGUCUUCGGCCAGCUCAGUGACACGUACAAAUUAUUCUGGGCCACUUGGAAGAAAAUCCAGGACGACCCCUACUACUGGUCUCUUUUCAAGGCCAGUGUUUACUUCUUAUUGGGGCUGAAGCUGUUCGGGGACUUGGCUGCCGAGUUCAAGCCAAUACCUAAAUGCGCGCGGCGCAGAUAAUGUUUGGAUAAAAUAUUUUCCUUAUUUUGUUUUCGAAUUAUACCUAUAAGUAGUUGCCGAAUAACGUUUUAAAA